AUGUACCAUCCUUGGGUGGAGAGUAGCCGAAAAACAUCCUCGAUUUUGCGAUCCGAGCCGCUCGGAUUGGGAUCAAAAGCAGCUCUUCGUCUUCAGGCUCUUUUUCCUCACGUCCAUGAGCACGUGAAGCCCAACUUGGGGAACACCGAGAGAUGGGUGCCGUACCACACGGUGCUGGGGGUGCACGAACUCUUUCUGAUGGAGGCCGGAGGUGCUUUGAACAAGCCUGCCAGGGGAAUGGCACUGGCUCAACGGCUCAAGUGUUGUGAGGCGGUGCACAGCCGCACAGAUUGGACGGAAAAGCAGAAAUUCUUGGCCAUCUUCGUUUUCCGAGCGCACUGCAAGCGUGACCUUUUCAGUCAAGCACAAGUUCCGCUCAUGAAGAAGGAGUUUUGGAAGAACCCUGUGAAAGCUUUCGAGCCCGAGGGCCGGAUGGAAAAGGCCAUCCUGUCGUACCGAAAAAAGACAGGCAAUCCGCUCCUCACAAAUUGCUUUCGCAUUAUUCCAGAAAGAGUCUUGAAGGACAAUGAUGCAAACCUGGUCCGGAGCAUUGUGACAAGGCUGACCACCCGCCUCAGUGUCCAUCCGAACCACCGCUCGACGGUGCAGAACAAGAAGCUGUCGGCCAAAGACAAAUUGGCAGACAUCUCGGAGAUGAUCCAAUCAACGGAGGGCUGUGGCGACACAUGGGCCAAGAUGCUCACCGUUUGCAUCGAUUUGGCGUACCCAAAGGAGAAGAUUCUGGAUGCCGAUUGCGAUGUCGGUGUGGGCGCAGCUCCUCCCCUGCAAUGCCUUCUGGGCAACGCGAAGUUGCCGGACCGACGGUCUGCCUUGCGAGAGCUGCUGGGGAAAGUGAACAAGUCGCAGAGCGCUUCUGCCAAGCACUUUUGGAAGUAUUUGACGGAGGUCGAGACAUCGAUGCGUCAGAAGUUCCGCCAUUUGCCUUUGGUGUCGCGCUCAGCGCCACGGGUCCAGCUUUGUGAGUACCGACAGUUCCGCCACACGUGGGCACGGAACGUGUAUGGCCUCCCUGAUGAUGCGCACCUUGACACGGAAGUGAUGAAGGACUCUUUUUGGGUUCCCAGCUUUUCUUGA